GCAAAAGUGGAGACCAUGAAAGAAGAAGGCACAUGCCCCGACUCCCCAGAAGGCAGCCUGGUGACCAGCGAGGAGGAGAGUGAGAAGCUGCCGAAGAAAGGCCUUCGCAAGAGAAGCCAGCUGGGCAUGCCUGUGACCUCUGCCUCCCCAGAGUGCAGCACCCCCUCGCCCCAGGGGAAGCGCAGCAAGCGGAGCCCGGUGCCGCAGACCUUCGAGGACAUGCACACACAAAGGGUGAUCGCCAAUGUGCGGGAGCGCCAGCGCACCCAGUCGCUGAACGAUGCCUUCGCGGAGCUGCGCAAGAUCAUCCCCACGCUGCCCUCAGACAAGCUCAGCAAGAUCCAGACGCUUAAGCUGGCUGCCCGCUACAUCGACUUCCUCUACCAGGUCCUGCAGAGUGACGAGCUCGACCACAAGAUCUCCAGCUGCAACUACCUGGCCCAUGAGAGGCUCAGCUAUGCUUUCUCUGUCUGGAGGAUGGAAGGGGCCUGGUCCAUGUCGGCAUCCCACUGA